GUCAACUUCCAUCCUGCACCUGACCGCUGACGACGAACGAUUAGAGAAGUAAUUCAUAACUCAUGAUUGAUUCUUUUGGAAAAUUACCGGCAGGAAUGUUAAAAAUGACACUGUGGAUAUCGGGAGAUUAUGACCAGUGUUUGGACAUAGAAAUUCCUCAAAAUAAAAAAGUGAUUACCGAUAAAGGAAAGGAGCAGAUUCGAGGCAAAUACUGUGCCCUGACAGUUGGAAUGCAAGAAUCGAUGAAACGUAUUGCAAAGUAAAUUCAUAAGUUCGAAAAUAAUUCAUUGAUUAAACUAGCAAAAGAGAUUAUUAAACCAAUGAAGUAUGACGACUUAUUGAGAACAGAGUUAGCCUCUACACGAAUAAGAAUACGUUUGGAUGCGUGCAUUCCGAGUACAUGUAAUAAUAAAGACUUAAAACACGUUGGGAAUUGGAUAUUCGGGACAGCGGUAGACUUUAAUGUCGAAUAUUGCAAAAUCAAAGAUGAACGCAUUGAAUACACUAACGGACAAUUGAUAUCGUUAAUUGUUCUCGGCAUAUUUAUCGCAUGGGUAGGAUUGGCAACGUUAACAGAAAUAUUAAUGAGACUUCAUAUUAUUCCUUUCAAAGCAGGUAGAUUUUUUGGGUAUAUUCUCGGAGCUUCACCUUAUAAAUCUUUGCAUAAAUUAUAUUCGACGAAUCUUGACGAAAGUACAAAAUCGAUUUGCGGAGUAAAAUUUCUUCUAGUAAAUAUUGUGGUGUUGGGACAUUUAGGCGUGACAGGAAUGUUCCCCACAAUAAUAGUAUAUGCAAAAGGCUCGCUACCGUAA